GAUUCGCGACAGCGUUUACGGGAAUUGACAAGACGCUUGCUUGGAAGACUCACCGCCGAGACUUAGCAACUUCAUUGCACAGGAUUUAAAACCCGUAUCGAUGAUACAUGCUCAAAAACAUCAUCAUAAUAGGAUAAUAUAAGUAGCCUACACUGAUAUUGGGCCGUUCUGGAAGAGAAAGUUAUUUUUUUCAGACAUUCGUGGACGGCAUAAAGUAAUAGACAUAGUGAAUGCCUCGAAACAAGGCAAUGGACAUGGGCAGGCAGCUGUUGGUAAAGAUGCAGAGGACGAGGAAGGGCAAGUUCACGCCAAUCCCUGUAUUACCACAGGGCCUCGAGGUCCACUUCUACCUGCAAGACUCUCACCAGCUGGAGUUUCUCCGGGGUUGUUACACUGCUGAGGAGCUGUGCAGAGAGGCAGCCAAGAAGUGUGGCAUUUCACCUCUUUGCUUCAAUCUGUUUGCCUUGUAUGAGGAGGGCAUGAACAUCUGGUACCCUCCCAAUCACACCUUCAAAAUCGAGGAGAGCACCUGCUUAAAGCUCCACUAUCGCAUGAGGUUCUACUUCACCAACUGGCAUGGUGCGAAUGACAAUGUGCCACGUGUUUGCAGACAUGCCCUCAAGAGAAAGAACGGCAAUGGGCCGAAGACCGAAUCAGGGGGUACGGCACUCCUUGAGGCUGCCUCACUGAAGUAUCUGUUCGCCCAGGGUCAGCAUGACUUCCUGAAGGGGCGGGCCGCAGUGCGUAACCCUCAGAAUGAAGAGGAGGCUCACUGUAUUGAGAAUGAGUGCCUGGGGGUGGCAGUGUUGUCUAUCACACACAAUGCCUUGGAGAAGAACAUCGUCAACCCAUAUUUAGCAGGACAGAUCAGCUAUAAGAAAUACAUCCCAGAGAGCAUGAACCAAAUCAUCAAGCAGCGGAACUUCCUGACACGACUCCGCAUCUCCCGGGUGUUUCAGCAUUUCCUUAACGAGUUCAACAACAAGACAGUGAAGAGCAACAAAGUCAACAUCCAUGACAUCAAGGUCAAAUACUUGGCUACGCUGGAGACUUUGACCUGUGGGUUCGGCUGUGAGAUGUAUAAGCCUGAAGUGCUACGUGUUACUGACAGCGAAGGGGAGAUCGAAGGAACACCCACUUCCUGUAACCAGGGUCAGCCCACCCAGUACCAAGUCCUUGUGUCUGGAAAUACAGGGAUCAAGUGGCGGAGGAAGCAACAGAAUAAUGCAUGGACUGCCAAAGAGAAGAAAAAAUCAAAAAAGUACAAAACCGACAUCAACUGGAAGAACAAACCAGCUCAAGACUUUUCGAAUGACUGGAAAACCUUCUCUGAUUUCUAUGAGAUUACACACAUCAACAUCAAGGGCUCCACAGUCACUGUCCACAAGCAGGACAACAAAAAGAUGGAACUGAGCCUGGGUUUCCAUGCAGAGGCAUUGUCUUUUGCCACCCUCGUUGAUGGAUACUUCCGUCUGACAGUGGAUGCACAUCACUUCCUGUGUACAGAUGUGGCCCCUCCCUCUGUGGUACAGAACCUGCAGGAAGGCUGUCAUGGUCCAAUCAGCAUGGACUACACCUCCCACAAGCUGCGUCAGGAGGGCAGGGAGGAGGGCAUGUAUGUGCUGCGCUGGAGCUGCAUCGACUAUGACCACAUCAUCCUGACUGUCAAAUGCAAUGAAGUGGACCAGACCGAUAGCCAUCCGUACCGUAGCUUUAAGAUCGAGGUGGGGCCGGAAGGCUACGGCCUGAGUGGUACAGCCCUGAGGCAGCCCUCUCUCAGGGAGCUGAUGGAACAGCUGAUUGGCCAGAGACUUAGCACAGACGGAGUCUUCUUCCAGCUCCGCAAGGCCUGCCCUCCGCAGCCCAGAGAAAUGUCUAACCUGCUACUAGUGACAAAGAGAGAUGCAGAGCCGAUGUACCCCGUACAGAGUCAUGUCAUCUUCCACAAGAUCCUCAACGAGGACAUAGUGCAGGAGGAGCACUUGGGCUGUGGCACCAGAACUAACAUCUAUGCUGGCAAAUUUAAGAUAAAGAGUGAGGAAGAGAAGGAUGUGUGGGGUUCCCAAACCUACCACGAGGUGAAAGUGGUCCUGAAAGUGCUAGGGUCCCAACACAAAGACAUCUCUAUGACUUUAUUUGAAACGGUCAGUAUGAUGCGUCAAGUGUCCCAUCAACACAUCACUCUGCUGCACGGUGUCUGUGUUCGCAACCAUGACAAUAUCAUUGUGGAGGAGCAUGUGACGCUGGGUCCUCUGGAUAUGUUCAUGCGGGGACAUCGUCUUGAACUCAGCGCCUCCUGGAAGUACCAGGUGGCCAAACAACUGACCGGCGCCCUCAGCUACCUGGAGGAUAAGAAGCUGGUCCAUGGCUAUGUGUGUGCUAAGAACGUCCUAGUGGAGCGGGAUGGCCUAGAGGGAGAGACUGGGCCCUUCAUCAAACUGAGUAGCCCUGGGGUCUCCAUCUCCACACUCAACAUACAAGAGUGUGUGGAGAGGAUCCCAUGGAUCGCCCCAGAGUGUGUGAGGAACAGCCAGGCCCAGAGUGUUGCGGUGGAUAAGUGGGGAUUUGGCACCACACUGUGGGAGAUCUGCCAUGAGGGAGUUGCUCCUCUCAAGGACAAGAAACUCAUAGAGAAGGAGAUGUUUUACUCAGCCCAGUGUUCCCUGGUGACCCCAGACUGCCCUCAGCUGGCUGAGCUCAUCACCAAGUGCAUGAACUACGACCCCAAGAGGAGGCCCUUCUUCAGGGCCAUUGUCAGGGACCUCACCGGGGUGGCCGAGCAGAACCCAGUCCUGCCACCUGGUAGGAUGCCCAUCCAGGAAGUGGACCCCACUGUGUUUGAUACGAGGUUCCUCAGGAAAAUUGAUAACCUGGGAGAGGGUCACUUUGGUAAGGUGGAGCUGUGUCAGUAUGACCCCCAUGGGGAUGGCCGAGGGGAGCUGGUGGCGGUCAAGUCUCUGAAGCCAAACAGCAAAGGCCAGCUGCCCUGCCACCUGAGAAGAGAGAUAGAUACCAUGAGAGAACUGUACCACCACAACAUUGUCAAAUACAAAGGAGUGUGUAGCGAGGAGGGUGGGAGGACCACCAAGCUGAUUAUGGAGUACCUGCCAGCGGGGAGCCUGAAGGACUACCUUCCCAAAAGAAAACACCAGACUGACCUCAAGAGACUUCUCAACUACGCCCUCCAGAUCUGCCAGGGAAUGGAUUACUUGGGAUCCCAGCGGUUCAUCCACCGGGAUUUGGCGGCCAGGAACGUUCUGGUGGAGAACGAGAGCACAGUGAAGAUCGCAGACUUUGGCCUGACCAAGAGCAUGAAGGAGGACAAGAGUUACUACACUGUCAAAGAGGACACCGAAAGCCCUGUGUUCUGGUAUGCUCCUGAGUGCCUGGUGGGCUCUAAGUUCUACCCUGCGUCUGACGUGUGGUCUUUCGGAGUGACCCUCUAUGAGUUGAUGACCUACUGCGAGUCAAGCAGCAGUCCUGAGCCGGUAUUUUUGAAGUUGCUUUGUCCAAGCGAGGGUAAGAUGACUCUCACCCGAUUGGUGGAAUUUCUGAUAGACGGCAAGAGGCUGCCAUGUCCACCUCGCUGCCCAGACACGGUGUACUCUCUGAUGAGGAGGUGUUGGGAGUUUGACCCGGCGAACAGGAUCCAGUUCAAAGGCCUGAUCACAGAGCUGGAGAUGCUGCUGGACGAGAGACACAGAGGAGAUAGACUGGCUGUCUGAACUGCUAGAGCUCACACAUAGAUGGAAAUAUACAAUAAUAUAAUAUACACUGAGUAUACCAAAACAUUAGGAACACCUUCCUACUAUUGAGUUGCUCCCCCCACCCCUUUUUGCCCCCAGAACAGCAUCAAUUCGUCGGGGCAUGGACCCUGCAAGGUGUCGAAAGUGUUCCACAGGGAUGCUGGCCUAUGUUGACUCCAAUGCUUCCCAAAGUUGUGUCAAGUUGUGUGGAUGUCCUUUGGGUGGUGGAUCAUUCUUGAUACACCCGGAAAACAACAGGUUCUGCUUGAAAAACCCAGCGUUGCAGUUCUUGACACAAACCGGUGGGCCUGGCACCUACUACCAUACACCGUUCAAAGGCACUUACAUUUCUUGCACAUCACCCUCCGAAUGGCACAAAUACCCAAUCCAUGUCUCAAGGCUUAAAAAUAAUUAUUUAACCUUUCUCCUUCCCUUCAUCUACAAUGUUUGAAGGGGAUUUAACAAGUGACAUCAGUAAGGAAUCAUAGCUUUCACCUGGAUUCACCUGGUCAGUCUGUCGUGGAAAGAGCAGCUGUUUUUAAUGUUUUGAACACAGUGUGAAUGCCAUUUAGCAAACGCAUCUGUCCAAAUAGACGGAUGGAUGGAUGAAAAGGCUGACAGACAGUAUAAUGUCAGUUAACAGAAAAGACAGACGCAUGUUAGCACAGAUGGACUGACAGACAGACUGACAUGGACUACUACAGACAUAAAAAUAGAACGUAAUCUAGCACAGACAAACCGGUCAACAUACACAUGCACCGACAGACCAACACACAGAAAGACGUUAACCAUCACUGACAGACAGAAAGACACAUAGAAAGCACAGAAGAACAAAAGCUACAUUUCUUUACAAUACAGAAAGAAAUUGCCCAGAUGUGGGCUUGAUGUAUAUACUUUUCCACAUACUGUACAUAUACAGUAACUCAAACGUAUUCUGACCUUCAAAUGCAUGCUGCUGUCAUUCACUAUGUUCUUUAGUAGUAUUUGUUUCUUUCUUUUUACAAGCUAUUGAUACACAUUGUAAGUUAAAUAGGACACUUUUGGAUAACUGAGUUAGUUCAUUUUGUAAGGAUGAAAGACUUUUUUUUAGCCGGUGUCAGAAGUGUAACCAAUGAUGUAUAUAAACCCUGGAUUGCUGAUGCUAUGCAUUGGCCAAUUAGAGGCUUUGAAGCCACCGGUUGGGUAUAUUGGCACUCUCCAGAAGAAGCAGUCCUUCAUAGGAAUUCUAUAGUAUUUCAAUUAAUUGCAUGUAUUUAAGUACUUUUCUUGUUGUAUCGGGACAUUAACAUUUGUAUGUUGAGCUCAGAUAAUAUACUUAAAAAGUAUGCAUCAACUUGUCUGUAAUAGAAUAAAUGUGGCAACAAAUUUA